AUGUCGGAGAAGACGAAGGGAAGGAAAGAAGAGGUGGUUACCAGAGAGUACACCAUCAACCUUCACAGACGCCUUCAUAGCUGUACCUUUAAGAAGAAGGCUCCAAAAGCGAUCAAAGAGAUAAGGAAGUUCGCAGAGAAGGCAAUGGGGACAAAAGAUGUGAGAGUAGACGUGAAGUUGAACAAGCAGAUUUGGAGCAGAGGUAUCAGAGGUCCUCCAAGGAGGAUCAGAGUCCGAAUCGCUCGUAAGAGAAACGAUGACGAAGAUGCAAAGGAAGAGUUCUUCUCUCUUGUCACUGUUGCUGAAAUCCCUCCAGAAGGACUCUCUGGCCUUGGCACCAAAGUCAUUGAAGAAGAAGAUUGA